AUGAAAGUCGGCGACCCUGUGUACCGCGGCGACCCCGUGCCCCUCCCCGUCGAAGUGGUCUGGGUGAUCGCAUCGUACUUCAGCUCUGACUCCGAGGCUAUAUCUUGGUCUGCGCCUCGGCCUGGGCUUUCCGGCCUUCUGUUUCAAGCGACACUAUGGGCAUGCUGUCUGGUCUCCAGAACAUGGUACACCGCGUCCAUCGAGCACCUGUACAACCGACCUGUACUAACCACGCGCAACUUUGACCUCUUCGUGCGCACGAUCGCGCCGUCGAUAUCCUCGACCCCGACAUCAUCGCGCCGCACAUGGCGCCGCACACCGCUGGGGCUCGAGGACCUGAUCAAACACCUCGACAUGAGUGAAUUGUCGUAUGAAAGCUCCAAGAGCAUCACGGCGCGCCUGGUUUCGCGGACGAAGAAUUCCCUAGAAAGUUUUGUGCCGCCGGCCAUCACAUUCUCUAUCCCAUCUCUCGCUUCGCUGUCCAAGUGUCGGCAUCUCCGAUCGCUGGAUCUGUCGACCGACCACUACGACAUCGGCUUGCCCCGGCUGCUCCACGCCAUGGAGAAUCUCGACCAGCUGAUAUUUCUGAAGCUGCCACGCAACGGACUAUGGAUGCAAGUGAAACCAGAGUCGCGGUGGCCGAAGAAUUUGCAGUGCCUGCAGCUCUCGCACCGGCUGUGCGAGACCGAGGACCGCUGGGCAACGCUUUUCAACACCUGGCCCGAUACGCUGACGUCGCUGAAGGUUGUCCAAUGCUACCUCUAUUGGUCUUUCCAAUGCCUCUGGAAAUGUCCGUCGCCGGCACGGUCGAUUCGGCACCUCAGCAUCGGACCGAGCAUACGUGGAGGUGGAUUGCCCCUGGGUGCCAUCGUCCACGCGUUCCCCGCCUUAACAACACUCGAGCUUCCCGUUCACAUCGGAACUCACAUGACUGCUAUGUAUGAAGAGGACCCAUCUGGGGUUGGAUACAUCCGUUUCUCAAUGCCCCCCAUGUCUCCCCAACAUCCUCUUGAGACCAUCACCUUAACAGAUCAUGGCCACCCGACAGAGCCCAAAUUGGACGACAUGAUUGAGAUCUUCGAUGUUUACGUCGACAGGUUUCCCCGACUUCGAAGGAUAAAUCUAGCCCAAAACCAUUUCAACGUGGUCGCAGGCAAUGAAUCCUUCUUCAAAGUCCUGAGUAAGGCGCUCGAGGACAGGGCCGACCCAGCCGACAAAUAUCGGGCAGGAGUUUUCCCGCAUUGA